ACUCUGAACACUACCCACGUCCAAUUGAGAGUUUUCUCUGCGCCGUAAAUUCGAAUUAAAUCGCAGGAAAUAAAUCGAGUGCAGCUUAAUAAGAGAUAACGCUACAAUGAUCGCCGCUCCAUUGACUCAUCAACUGUAAAGUAAUCACAAGAUCACACCUAGCACCGCAUCCUAUAUGCCAUCUGAUCGAAAACCUCGCCUCUUCAUCGCCUGGAGCACCAGCACCACUAUUAACCCCUAUCUGAGCGGCCGGGCGAGCAGAAUGCUGCUUGUGCCGCUGCUGCUCGGCCUCGUGGCGCUGCCAGCAGUAGUCAGAGGCCAAUACCAAUCGCCGCGGAUCAUCGAACAUCCCACGGACUUGGUGGUCAAGAAGAAUGAACCAGCCACACUCAACUGCAAGGUGGAGGGCAAGCCGGAGCCCACCAUCGAGUGGUUUAAGGAUGGCGAGCCUGUCAGCACCAAUGAGAAGAAGUCGCACCGCGUCCAGUUCAAGGACGGCGCCCUAUUCUUCUACCGCACCAUGCAGGGCAAGAAGGAGCAGGACGGCGGCGAGUACUGGUGCGUGGCGAAGAACCGAGUCGGCCAGGUCGUUAGUCGCCAUGCCUCGCUCCAGAUUGCUGUUUUGCGCGACGAUUUUCGCGUGGAGCCCAAAGACACGCGAGUGGCCAAAGGCGAGACGGCUUUGCUGGAGUGUGGGCCGCCCAAAGGCAUUCCUGAGCCAACGCUUAUUUGGAUGAAGGAUGGCGUUCCGUUGGACGACCUGAAAGCCCUGUCUUUCGGCGCCAGUUCCCGCGUCCGAAUCGUGGAUGGUGGCAACCUGCUUAUCAGCAAUGUGGAGCCCAUUGACGAGGGCAACUACAAAUGCAUUGCCCAGAAUCUGGUGGGCACUCGGGAGUCCAACUACGCCAAGCUAAUCGUUCAGGUCAAGCCCUAUUUCAUGAAGGAGCCCAAGGAUCUGGUCAUGCUCUAUGGUCAGGUUGCCACGUUCCAUUGCUCCGUGGGUGGGGAUCCGCCUCCGAAAGUGCUGUGGAAGAAGGAGGAGGGUAAUAUUCCCGUUUCAAGAGCCCGCAUCCUCCACGACGACAAGAGUCUGGAGCUGAUCAACAUCACCCCGAACGAUGAAGGAACCUAUGUUUGUGAGGCGCACAACAAUGUGGGUCAUAUAAGCGCCAGGGCAACGCUCACAGUGCAUGCUCCCCCCACCUUCACGAAGCGGCCGAGCAACAAGAAAGUUGGUCUCAACGGUGUUGUCCAGUUGCCCUGCAUGGCCUCUGGAAAUCCGCCGCCCUCCGUUUUCUGGACCAAAGAGGGCGUGUCCACACUCAUGUUCCUCAACAGUUCCCACGACAGGCACCAUGUUGCAGCCGACGGAACUCUGCAGAUAACGGACGUGCGCCAGGAGGACGAGGGCUUCUAUGUCUGCUCAGCGUUCAGUGUUGUAGAUUCCUCAACGGUGCGGGUGUUCCUACAGGUCAGUUCGGUGGACGAACGACCGCCUCCGAUUAUCCAGAUUGGACCUGCCAAUCAGACACUGCCCAAGGGAUCGGUAGCCACUCUGCCAUGCCGGGCCACCGGAAAUCCCAAUCCCCGCAUCAAGUGGUUCCUCAAUGGACACGCUGUGCAAACGGGCAAUCGUCACAGCGUCAUCCAAGGCAGCUCCCUAAGGAUAGAUGAUCUGCAAGUUGGUGACUCAGGAACCUACACAUGCACUGCAUCGUCGGAAAGAGGAGAGACUUCCUGGGCAGCAACUUUAUCUGUGGACAGCACUGGAUCCACAUCCUUGCAUAGGUCAGCCGAUCCUAGCACUUAUCCUGCUCCGCCAGGUACUCCCAAGGUCCUGAAUGUCACCCGCACAAGCAUUAGUCUGCGCUGGGCCAAAAGCCAAGAGAAACCCGGUGCUGUGGGUCCGAUUCUUGGCUACACUGUGGAGUUCUUUAGCCCGGAUCUUCAAACAGGUUGGAUCAAGGCCUCUCACCGCGUGGAAGAUACCCAAGUUACUAUAACCGAUCUCACACCUGGAUCGCUUUACGUAUUCCUGGUACGAGCCGAGAACUCUCAGGGCAUUUCAGUGCCGUCGGGUCUAUCAAAUGCCAUAAAAACCAUUGGAGAAGAUUACGAUGCAGCUUCUGCCAAUGAUUUAUCAGCAGCUCGAACUCUGCUGACUGGAAAGUCUGUUGAGCUGAUUGAUGCCUCUGCCAUAAAUGCCAGUGCUGUGCGUCUGGAUUGGAUGCUGCACAUCAGUGGCGAUGAAAAAUAUGUGGAGGGACUGCACAUUCACUAUAGAGACGUAGGUUCCUCAUCCCCACAAUACCGUUCCAUCACUGUGUUGGAUGCCUCGGCGGAAUCCUUCGUUGUGGCAAACCUGAGGAAGUUUACCAAGUACGAGUUCUUCGUCACACCCUUUUUCGAAACCAUCGAAGGACAACCCAGUAACUCCAAGAUAGCACUGACCUACGAAGAUGUACCUUCCGCUCCGCCGGAUAACAUACAGAUUGGGAUGUACAACCAAACUGCCGGAUGGGUGCGGUGGACUCCUCCGCCGGCCCAGCACCACAAUGGCAACCUUUACGGCUACAAGAUUGAGGUCAGUGCCGGAAACACAAUGAAGGUGCUGGCCAACAUGACCCUCAAUGCUACCACAACCUCGGUGUUGCUCAACAACUUGACCACCGGAGCAGUGUACAGCGUAAGACUGAAUUCCUUCACCAAGGCAGGUGAUGGUCCCUACUCCAAACCGAUCUCACUCUUUAUGGACCCCAACCACCAUGUCCAUCCGCCACGAGCCCAUCCCAGUGGCACCCACGAUGGCCGGCAUGAGGGUCAGGAUGUCGUCUAUCACAGUAAUGGAAACUCACCCAUCAACAACAACAAUCCCACCACCCACAGAAAGACCACCGACUACCUCUCUGGACCUUGGUUAAUGGUCCUGGUCUUCAUAAUACUCCUUGUGGUCGUCAUUUCCACAGCUAUAGCCAUGGUAUACUUUAAGAGGAAGCAUCAAAUGACUAAGGAACUGGGUCACUUGAGUGUGGUCAGCGACAAUGAGAUCACCGCCCUGAACAUCAACAGCAAGGAGAGCUUAUGGAUUGAUCACCAUCGCGGCUGGCGAACUGCCGAUACAGACAAGGAUUCCGGCCUGAGCGAAUCCAAGCUGCUUUCCCACGUAAACAGCAGUCAGUCCAACUACAACAACUCGGAUGGUGGAACCGACUACGCCGAAGUAGACACUCGGAACCUGACCACUUUCUACAAUUGCCGCAAGAGCCCCGAUAACCCCACGCCCUAUGCCACCACCAUGAUAAUAGGCACCUCCUCCAGCGAGACCUGCACCAAGGCCACAUCUCUGAGUGCUGACAAGGAUUCGGGCACCCAUUCGCCCUACUCUGAUGCUUUUGCCGGUCAGCCGGCAGUGCCUCCCGUGGUGAAAUCCAACUAUCUACAGUACCCAGCAGAGCCUAUAAACUGGUCAGAGUUCCUGCCACCGCCACCAGAACACCCGCCGCCGUCUUCCACCUAUGGAUAUGCACAAGGAUCCCCGGAGUCGUCGCGGAAGAGCUCCAAGAGCGCAGGCUCUGGCAUUUCCACCAACCAAAGCAUACUGAACGCCUCCAUACACAGCAGCUCCUCAGGUGGUUUCUCCGCUUGGGGAGUCUCGCCCCAGUACGCUGCUGGCGGAUGCCCGCCGGAGAACGUGUACAGCAAUCCGUUGUCAGCCGUGGCUACUGGUACCCAGAACCGCUACCAGAUUACACCCACUAGCCAGCACCCGCCGCAGCUACCAGCCUACUUCGCCACAACAGCUCCGGGCGGAGUGGUGCCUCCCAAUCACCUGCCCUUUGCCACACAACGCCACCCGGCCAGCGAGUAUCAAGCGGGCUUGAAUGCGGCGCGAUGCGCCCAGAGCCGGGCCUGCAACAGUUGCGAUGCCUUGUCGACUCCAUCGCCCAUGCAGCCACCGCCACCGGCUCCCAUGGCUGUGCCCGUUCCCGAGGGCUGGUACCAGCCCGUGCACCCGAUGCACCCAACCACCUCGAAUCACCAGAUCUAUCAGUGUUCCUCCGAGUGCUCUGACCACUCGAGGACCUCUCACGGUCACAAGCGGCAGCUGCAGCUUCAGGAGGAGCAUGGCAGCAGCAAACGAGGAGGCCACCACCGACGCCCGCCGGCAGUGCAGCCGUGCUUGGAGAGCGAGAACGAGAACAUGCUGGCGGAGUACGAGCAGCGGCACUACACCAGCGACUGCUGCAACAGCUCACGCGAGGGCGAUACCUGCUCCUGCAGCGAGGGAUCCUGCCUGUACGCCGAGGCGGGGGAGCCGGGACCUCGACAGCUGACUGCCAAGAACACCUAAGUGGGCGGAUUAGUAUUAAUGAUAACCUCUAGUCUAACUCUUAAUUCAUAUCGAAACAAGAAGCAGGAGCAGCGGAUAUGAGAUCGAAUAGGUGAGGUUUCCGGGUGCCUCGAAUCCCUGGAAUUAAUGAACUCAGAUACACAAACAAAACACACACUUGUCACAAUCAUGGGGGCAUUGUGAAGCUUUAGCAAUUACGAAUUUUUCCAUUAUCACAUCUACCGGCGUAGACACUCAUAGAAACGCACAAUGCCCCCCAUCCCGCGACCACAAUUGUACUUAAGAAUUGCGCCAAGUGCUGUACGAUGUAUAGAUAUUGCUUCUGGGACGAGAGUAGACAGGGCGGAGCAGGACAAGAGCAGGUCUGUGAGCCAGCAGAACUUCAUUGAAAUACGUACUCAAAGAACUUAUUUAGAGGAAGGAUAAACCCGAUCAGGCCAUAGCAAGUACACAAAAGGUUACCCACGACGUACAUAUAUAGUUAGAACCAAAGUACACAGUUUUGGGGCUCUAGAAUUGGUCCUAGUCAUAGGCUUGAUAGCGGUACAAUAACGAUAUGGAUUACCGAUUACGGAUAACUGAUUACAAUAUAACUUGUACGCAAAACUCUUUCAUAUCUACGAUCACAAUCGAGCAUUCGUCGAGUUGGUUUUAAAGUAGAGUUCGGAGUCGGACCAGACGAGACGAACGAAACGGCAGUUGCAAUGUUUAAUGGUUAGUGCUUUUCUAUAACAAGGAAUACUUAUAUACUUCAUUGAUCCAGUGAAUAUAUAUACAUAUAUAUAUGUAUACAUACUAAACUACACAACUACUUACAUAGCAUUUAGACACGAGUUGAGGAGCUGCACACGGCCAACAUUUCCGUUCCGUUGUCCAGUCCCUGUGCAGGACCCCUCCAUGACAUACAUAAUGUUUUCUACAAUCUUGCAUUUUGAAAAAAGUCUAAAAUGUACCUGUGAUAUAACCCCAUUAUACAUUUAUAGUAUUUAAA